UUGAGACUCUAAAAAAAAACGCGUUAUCUACGUGCCCAGGAAAAGACGUCAUUAAAUGUACUACUUACAAGUAUUUAGCUAUCGUAGAAGGCAGUGAUUGGAAUACAGAGGUAAAAGGUGACCGUACUAAUAAAGGUUGUGAUUUGAUAUUUCCCGAGGCUUGUGGGUAUGAAGAACAUAACGCUCUCUCUACCUAUCUUUCUACCGGAAUGUCUCAAAGGAGCAGAGUAAUGGAUACUUUGUCAGUAGAAAAUGUAACUAUACCUACAAGUAACAACUUAACUAGCACAGAUUCGUGUUCCCAACCUCUCUACUCUCACACUUACUUGAGCGAAGAUAGCUGUGAAACGAAACAUGAGGGUGAUGGUUGUACAGGUCAUUAUUGCUCUAUCGACUCUCUCUUGCCUGGAAUUUCUAAUGAGACAUUACCAGGUGAGUCAUCGGUCGACCCGUUAUUUUUGAAGGCCUGUCGUACUGGAGAUGAGGAGGAACUGAGACAAAUUAUUGUGAGAGGACCCUCAGCAGCAACAAUUAAUCAUCAAGACGGCUGUGGUAGGGUAGGUAGUUGUAAUAAACGUCUAAACCCUCGUUAGAAGUGUAACCUGCAC